AUGCGUCACGGUGUCCCGGAGUUCUUUCGCACCCUCAGCGACCAGUAUGAGAUUGUCAUCUUCACUCGUGAGCCCUCCACCUACGCCAUGCCCAUCAUCGACAAGAUGGACUCUGAGGGGUACAUCUGGUACCGCCUGUACCGGGACUUCACCCGCCACGAGAAGGGCGAAUACUACAAGGAUCUGACCAACCUGAACCGCGACCUGCGGCGGGUGAUCCUGCUGGACACUCGGGCCGACGCGUCCAAGACGCACCCGGAGAAUGUGGUCGUCGCCCCGAAGUGGGACGGCAAGUCCAUGGACUUCUGGCUGCUGGAUCUGAUCCCCUUCCUGCAGACGCUGGCCUCCACCCGGACCACGGACGUCCGGCCCAUCCUGACCUCCUACCAGGGGACCGACAUCCCGUCGGCCUUCGCCGAGAACCAGAAGCGCCUGGAGGCCGAGAUGGAGCUCCGCCGCGCGCAGCAGGCCCAGCAGGCCCAGCUCCAGGCAUCCAAGCCGCAGCUCACCCCGCCGGCCUUCGGCGGUGCCGGUGGCAGCGUCAACCCCUGGCGCCGGUAA